AUGGCGCCUAAUAAUAUUCCUAUGGGUUUCAAGUUUCAUCCAAGUGAUGAAGAAUUGUUUGGAUAUUAUCUUCUUAACAAGGUUCGUGGCUCAUCAUUUAAGUAUGAAAAUGUUAUUUCGGAAUUUGAUCUUUACGGUCAAAUAGAGUCGUGGGAUAUAUGGAACCAAUUUGGCGGAAACAAAUUAGAAGAUGGUGAAGACCUUUAUUUCUUCACCAAAUUGAAGAGCUCGAGUGCCAAGAAUACUCACAUGGCUCGCACCAUAGGAUUUGGGUCAUGGAAAGCUGAGAACUCAGGAAAAAAGGUCCCUGAUCCAAAGGAUAAGAAGAACGAUUUAGGUAUGUGGAAAAGGUUACAUUAUGAAAACCCUAAAUCGGAUCAAAACAGUUGA